UCUCCUCCACUUUCCCUUCUUUCUCUUUCUUCAUUUGCUCUCUUUCUCAAACUUCCAAAAGGUCUGCCUCUGCUUCAAAACAUGGCAGUUCUUAGGCUUGUCUUGGUUGGUUUUCUUCUUCUUUCUCUGAGCUCCUCUGCUUAUGGCUCUGAUGGGGGCUGGGUUAAUGCGCAUGCCACUUUCUAUGGAGGAGGUGAUGCCUCUGGCACAAUGGGUGGGGCUUGUGGAUAUGGCAACCUGUAUAGCCAAGGGUAUGGAACCAACACAGCAGCUCUGAGCACAGCCCUGUUCAACAAUGGCCUAAGCUGCGGGGCUUGCUUUGAGAUUAGGUGUGCUAGUGAUCCAAAAUGGUGUCUUCCAGGCUCAAUUUUCGUCACAGCCACCAACUUCUGCCCUCCAAACAAUGCCCUCCCCAACAAUGCAGGCGGUUGGUGCAACCCUCCACAGCAACAUUUUGAUCUUGCCCAGCCAGUCUUCCAGCGGAUUGCUCAAUACAGAGCUGGGAUUGUGCCUGUGUCUUACCGAAGGGUCCCAUGCAUAAAGAAGGGAGGCAUAAGAUUCACAAUCAACGGCCACUCAUACUUCAAUCUGAUACUGAUCACAAACGUCGGAGGUGCCGGAGAUGUUCAUGCAGUUUCCAUCAAAGGGUCAAAAACUGGUUGGCAAACCAUGUCUAGGAACUGGGGGCAGAAUUGGCAGAGCAACUCUUAUCUGAAUGGCCAGAGCCUCUCCUUCAAGGUCACCACCAGCGACGGCCGCACCGUCGUCGCCAACAACGUUGCUCCUGCCGGCUGGUCAUUUGGCCAGACAUUCAGCGGCGUACAAUUCUGAAACAACACAAAACUUAACAAGCUAAAACCGCCAUGUUGGUGGUGUCACACACUGUCUAGAGUUAGUUUUAGAGUCGAAAUGGGAAAAAAGGGCUUAUUAUUUUAAGAUGGCCAUUUUAUCAUUUAAAAAUUAAAGGGUUAUGUGGUCAUUGUGCUUUGUUCUGCUUUCUUUUUGGGAAAGGCAGGCAAAGAAAGAGAGAGAGAUUUGGCAGCGGUGGGCAUAAACCACCCGCCACUUUUUUGUUAGGUUAAGUUUGCUUUGGUUUAAUUUCAUUGUAACGCAGUUUUAUUUUGAAUUACUUGUAUGGUUUGGUGAAUAAAAUCAUCCUCUCUCUUCAUGAGGGUGAAAA